AUGUCCGCUCUGCUCAGUAACACAAAGAAUCUAUGGCGGAGAUCCGUCAAGUUAAAGGAAUCGCCCUUUGUCCAAGGGGUCGACUCAAGCGUUGAACUGCAUCCUUCAAAUACUGUCACCUUUGCUGUCAUUGGAUGUGGGCAGCGGGGAAAGGCGUACACUAAAUAUGCCUUGAGCUAUCCCGAACGCUGCAAGGUCGUCGCCAUCGCCGAACCACGUCCCCAAACGCAAAAACAUUUUGCCAAACUGCACAAAGUGGAUCAAACGCUUGUUUUCGAUACAUGGCAAGAUCUCCACGCUGCUUCCGCAGAAACAAUAAGCACCAUUGGCAAGCGUCUGGCUGACGCCGUCCUCAUCGCCGUGCAGGAUAACCUCCAUCUUGAGGUUGCCGUGGCGUUCGCACAGCAGGGCUAUCAUAUUCUGUGCGAGAAACCGAUGGCGACCAGCGUAGAAGAUUGCAUCAAUAUGGAGAACGCCAUUAAGGAAGCAGGUACAAUUUUUGGAAUGGGACACGUCAUGAGAUAUUCGCCCUACAGCAAAGAAAUAACGGAAAUCGUUCGUUCCGGCGCCCUCGGCGAAUUGAUCAACGUUGUUCAUGUUGAACCUAUCGGAUAUUAUCAUUUUGCACAUUCUUAUGUGCGAGGAAACUGGAGUACCGAGAAAGAGUGCUCUUUCUCUCUCAUGACAAAGAGUUGCCAUGAUAUCGAUAUGAUCUGCCACUGGUUGUCUCCAUCAACACCAGUCAAGGUCUCGUCUUUCGGUUCUCUUAAACACUUCAGAAAUGCUUCAAAGCCGGCGGCGGCAGGCGCUUCAACGCGGUGCCUCGACUGUCCAAUGGAGAAAGAUUGCGAGUAUAGUGCUAAAAAGAUUUAUCUCGAUCCUGUGUCCCACGGAAACGCUGGAUGGCCAGUUGAGACGAUCGUUGACGGCAUCCCGGACAUCGAGAAUGUAACCGCCGCUCUAAGGAACGGGCCAUAUGGGAAAUGCGUCUAUGAAAGCACAAAUGACGUCUGCGAUCACCAAGUUGUCAAUUUGGAGUUUUCGAACGGAAGCACGGCCUCCUUCACCAUGGUUGCAUUUACAUCUACCAUUUGCGAGCGUCAGACCCGAAUGCACUUUGCGCAUGGUGAAAUCGUUGGCGACAUGACCAAGUUUACCGUCUCCGACUUCCGAAAGAAAACAAACAAGGUCUACCAUCCAAAGAAUGAGGGGGGUGGCCACGGAGGUGGAGACCUUGGACUUAUGCGUUCGUUCGUCGAAGCCGUCAGUGCAGGCAAACAAGAGCUGCUAGGGACUAGUGUCGAGGAAGUGUUGAAGAGCCACCUAACAGUAUUUGCAGCUGAAGUGAGCCGAAAGGAAGGGAGGGUCGUGGAUUGUGAGGCUUUCGAGCGUGAAGCUAGAAAAGCUUUCAAGUGCUUGGAAAGGCCGAAAGAUGUUUUUGAUGAAUCAAUCACGAAAGAUACCAACUGAAGAUGUGUAUACCAAGUCUGUCCAUGUCCGUUGAUUUUCUACUUUG